CCCCCAGCCGCCGGCUGCGUAGCGCCAUGAAGAGCAGCGCCCAGCCGGCACCAUGCGCUCCCGGACCCUGCUGGCCGCCCUGUGCCUCUGGCUGCUGCCCGUCUCCGCCGCCUACUUCGGCCUGACCGGGAAGGAAGGUCUGACCCAUCUUCCCUCACUGGGCCCCUCUGCGAACCCUGCCCAAGGGAAGGCACACCUGAAGCAGUGUGACUUGCUCAAGCUGUCCCGUAAGCAGAAAAGGCUCUGCCAGCGGGAGCCGGGGCUGGCGGAGACCCUGCGGGAUGCCGUCCGGCUCAGCAUCAUGGAGUGCCAGUACCAGUUCCGCAAUGAGCGCUGGAACUGCAGCCUGGAUGGACGGACCAGCCUGUUGAAGAGAGGUUUUAAGGAAACUGCCUUCCUGUAUGCAGUGUCCUCUGCGGCGCUUACCCACGCCCUGGCCCGGGCAUGCAGCGCUGGACGCAUGGAGCGCUGCACCUGCGAUGACUCUCCAGACCUGGAGAACCGCAAGGCCUGGCAAUGGGGAGUAUGUGGCGACAACCUCAAAUACAGCACCAAGUUCCUCAAAAACUUCCUGGGCCAGAAGAAGAUUGGCAAAGACCUGCGGGCUAAGGUGGAUAUCCACAACACCAACGUGGGCAUCAAGGCCGUGAAGAAUGGUCUCAAAACCACGUGCAAGUGCCAUGGUGUCUCGGGCUCCUGUGCCGUGAGGACCUGCUGGAAGCAGCUCUCCCCUUUCCACGAGACUGGCAAGAUCCUCAAGCUGCGCUAUGACGAUGCUGUCAAGAUCUUCAGUGCCACGAAUGCUGCUGUGGGGCACUCCGAGCUCGUGGGCACGCAGAGACAUGGCCACUCCCCCAAAAGCCCAGCUACUCCACGCCCCACAGAUCUGGUGUACGUGGAGGACUCGCCUAGCUUCUGCCGGCCCAGCAAAUACUCGCUGGGCACUGCCGGAAGGACAUGCUCCCGGGAGGCCAGCUGUGACAGCCUGUGCUGUGGGCGUGGCUACAAUACACAGAGCCGGAUGGUCACCUUCUCUUGCCACUGCCAAGUGCAGUGGUGCUGCUAUGUGGAAUGCCAGCAGUGCAUGCAGGAGGAGGUGAUCUAUAGCUGCAAGCACUAGGGCUCGUGUAAGGAAAGGAAUCCGUGCAAAGCGCAGGAGUGAGCCAGGCUCCUUUCUGGGGCGAGGCAGAGGCAGGCACUGCUUGCUGCCGGGCACUCAGCACGCUCACUCCUUCUCCUUCUGCAGGCGGAGGGGCCAUGGCACAGGAUACGCUCGAUAGUCCCGUGAACCAGGGGUGCGAACAAUGUGCAUUUUAAUGUGGCGAAAUGUCUCUAGCUAGGAACAAAGAAUAUAGGCCAUAAAUACAGCCUGGGGGACUGCGUCCUGUGACUCUGAAAGAGAGUCGGGGGUCGUGGUGGACAAUCAGCUGAACAUGAGCUCCCAGGGUGAUUCUGUGGCCAAAAGAGCUAACACGAUUCUGGGAUAAACGGGGCAAUCGUGAGUAGGCAUAGAGUUUAUUUUUCCUCUGUAUUUGGCACUGCUGCAAUAACGUGUCCACUUCUGGUGGCAACACUUCAAGGAAGGUGUUGAUAAAUUGGAGCGGGUUCAGCGAAGAGCCACAAAAAUGAUUCAAGGAUUAGAAAACACGAUAGACUCAAGGAACGCAACCUUAACAGAGAAGGUUAAGGGGUGACUUGAUCUUUCAAUCCAGCAGCGAAAGAUGUAACACGAUCCACUGGCUGGAAGGUGAAGCUAGCCAAAUUCAGACUGGAAAUAAAGCACACAUUUUUAACAGUGAGUAAUUAACUAGUGGAACAAUUUACCAAGGGUUGUGGUGGAGUCUCUAUCACUGACCCUUUUUAAAUCCAGACUUGAUGUUUCUCUAAAAUCAGCUCUAGGAAUUAUUUUGGGGCAGGUCUCUGGCCUGUGUUAGUCUAGUCUGAUCUCCUGUCUAUAUCAGUGGUCCCUUCUGGGCUUGGAAUCUCUGCAGAACCAGAGGCUGGAUCAGGGACAGCUCACACACAAAGGGCAGAGAGAAGUUGGGGAAAGGGAAAGAUGGCAGAAACACUAAUGCACUGGAACUUCUUUCUUGAGCAAAACCUUGUGCUUGAUGCGAGUAAAAACAAUCAGUUGCAGAGAAAUGGGUUAGGGAGGGAACACAAACCCUGAGGGACUUUGUCCCAGAUUCCACAGGGAAGGAGAGGAAAGGAUAAUGGGGUUCCCUUGUGCUGGGCACUGCAGAUGGAUUGGGUAAAACUUUAAAAAGUACCUAAGUCACUUAAGCAAUUUCAAAAUGUUAACCACAGCAAGACGCAGCAUCCCUGCCCUGAAGUGCUCACAACCUAAUGUGACAAGGCAGGCCCAGGAGGGGUAGGAACACGGGUCCAGAAAAGAGAAGGGACUUGCUCACCUGGCAGAGCUGAGAAGAGAACCCAGUCUCUUCACUCCUAGUCCCCUACCCCACCCCUCAGUUCUGCUUGGUGACUUUUAGGUGUUAGCAAGAUAUUGCUGUGGGGGGCUCCCCAGGCUGCAAGUGUUUUGACUAUUCUCAAGUGGAAGAUUUAAAACUGCAGCCUCAAAUCCAAAUCCCUGAGAACUUGGAGGGUCGGGGGAGAAAGGAAGUGGGUUUGAAUUCUCCAAUCUGAACUGGCCCCUGUGCACUGGGGCUGCGGGUGCGCUGAACAGGACAGUUUGGGUGCAACUGAGUUCUCCCAAGGGGCUGGCAAUGUUCUGGUGCUGUUAAAUAGGCCAGGGCUAGACCUCGAGCCCAACUGUCUAGUUUCUAACCUUGGUGCGCAUCCAAGUUGUAACCCAUUCGUGCUGUGACAUGUGAGGACACUCAAAGAGCUCGGCUUGUUUAGCCUAACCAGAUGAAGGCUGAGGGGAGAUCUGAUCGCUCUCUAUAAAUACAUCAGAAGGAUAAAUACCAGGGAGGGAGAGAAGUUAUUUAAGUUAAGUGCCAAUGUGCACACAAGAACAAAGGCCUAUAAACUGGCCAUCAACAAGUUUAGGCUUGAAACUAGGUGAAGGUUUCUACCCAGCACAGGAGUGAAGUUCUGGAGCAGCCUCCCAGGGAGGCUCAAGGGGGUAAAAAACCUAACGGGCUUCAAGAGUGAGCUUGGUAAGUUUAUGGAGGGGAUGGUCUGAUUGGCUAUAUGCCAUUGUUGGCAGUCCCAUCUGUGACUGCUAGUAGCAAAUAUCUCAUAUGGCCAGUGAUGGGACAUAAGAUGGGGAGAGCGCUGAGUUGUUACUACAGUGAAUUCUUUUCCAGGUGUCUGGCUGCUGGGUCUUGCCCACAUGCUUAGGGUCUAACUGAUGACCAUAUUGGAGGGUGGGAAGGAAUUUUUCCCUGCUCAGAUUGGCAGAGACCCUGGAGGGAGGUUGCCUUCCUCUGUAGCGUGGAUUCUCUGUAACUUGAAGUCUUGAAAGCAUGAUUUGAGAACUUCAGUAACUCAGCCAGAGGUUAGGUGUCUGAUACUGGAAGGGGAAGGUGAGGGUCUGUGGCCUGCGCUGUGCAGAAGGGCUGACUAGAGGAUCAUGAGGGUCCCUUCUGACCUUAAAGUCUGAGUCGCAGACACAGGUUCAUUAGCUCACUUCCGCACAGUAUUAAAAAAUGGCUUUAAGACUGUAAAUUAAUGCCCGUGCGUCUAUUCAUAGAUGAGCUUGUGACCAUUUAGUUUAAACCAAACCAGUGUGUUCGGGUUUUUUUGAAAGAUGCUGAAGUUGACUGGCUCAGAGCAAAUCUAGCUAUACCUCUAGCCCCAUAUAACGCUGUCCUCGGGAGCCAAAAAAUCUUACCGCGUUAUACCGCGGUUUCACCUAUAUCGAACUUGCUUUGAUCCGGCGGAGUGCGCAGCGCCGCCCCCCCCCCCAGAGCACUGCUUUACUGUGUUAUAUCGGGUCGCGUUAUAUUGGGGUAGAGGUGUAUUUCUUAAUUGAGAGUUGGAGGCCACUAAAAUGGUCUGUUGGCUAGCAGUGGCUUUAUCCCUUACACUAAGUCAGCACUAGCCAGACCAGGGAACGUCCUGCCACAGUGCUUAUGACCUGCACAUUAGUGCCAAUGGGGAUAAUCUGCCUUAAAUUUUUACCACUCUAAAUAUUUUAGGAAUUAAUAAUGAACAGCUCAUUACUUACGUGUUCCUGCUAAUCCUCCCAGAGCAUGAGCCUUCCAAGUUCCUCAGAGUGAGUGCAAAAGGGAAGAAGCAGCAGCAGUUUUCCAUGAAGGGAUAAAAUCCCCCGGGAUGGGUGUGAGGCCGGGAGGGGGAAGAGGGUUGUGAACAUAGAACCCUCUGUGCUAUGAUCUACUUCCCCACUGCCACCAGAGCCUGGCCCUGGCCCGGGCACUUAUGGCAGAGGUUCAGUGUUGUUCUAGGGGGGGACCAGGCCACUGCCGUUCUGCCAGCUUUCCUGCAUUGCUCAGGAGUCCUGUGACUCCCCACCCAGCAGGCAGUUUUGGGAGAGUGACAGGCUGCAACGUUUGGGAAGUAAAACCAAAGGGGGAGUCCCCUUAGGAGGAGGUGCAGUAACUUGCGUGACCAGGAGCUCUAGGCCCAGCUCUUCCACUGCCUGCUGUCUAAUAUUUCUGUGCGCGUCAUGACCCUUGGCUCGUAACAGCAUUCACCCAUUUCACAGAUCAACAUCACUGCAGGCAGAGCUGGGCACAGACCCCAGUUUCUAAUAGAAAUAAAGCCUAGUCUCUUCCAUUUUGCCCCAAAGCCUUUGAGAAGGAAAACUUGCUUCUGUAACCCACAGCAACCUAUUGUGCCUCUGGUACCCUCCAGCUAACAGGUGGACCACAGCGAGAGAGUUACAGCUCUGCUACUAUUGCCAUGGCAAGAUCUGGCUCUUACUCUCCCUUCUGGUCAUCACGAGAGAAGAGGUCAGGCUGGGGAGUCUGGCCCAUAGAGGACCUGGGGGACGUGAGGAACCACGCUUGCAUUUCUGAAUGGGAAGAUUCAGGGGGUUGACUUUUGCCACAAAGUUGAAAUUUUCCAUGAGCAUCCCAUUUUCCGAUGAGCUCUCAACAGGGUCUCAGAUGCCCUGCCAGGGGGUCAAGCCGAACGAUGGCCUAGUCUUGUUAUCAGCUCAACACUGCAUGGAAGCAAGAACUGGAGCAGAGGCACCAUGGGCUGUUUCCUUAGCAGCUGCAGAAGCACCUGCCCGUAGCCGAGGUUCAAAUUGCUCAGGAAGAGAUUGUGUAAUUGGCCAACCCAAGGAACUACUGCUGAAAGACCGUCCUGUUGUUUGCAUUCCAGUAGCUCCUGGAUGCUCCAGCGAGGAAUCCGUGGCCCAUUGCACUAGGCAUUGUGCACACAAUGAAAAGAUGGUGCCCUGACGUUCCAUUAGACAAGUGACAAGGCCAGCACAGGGGGAGGGGGAGACUGUUAUGAGAAGGGUAAUAAUUCUCACUAAUCACCUGAGCUCUAGUUCAUGCCACAAGCAGAGGGGAUGAGUUUGGAACUAUUAGUGUAAUGAACUAAUGGUGCAAAACCAAAUAUUGCGUUGUGCUCUAAGGGAAAUAAAGCAGUUCUCUACCUCAAAAUGUACAGCAUUUAGGGCAAGGAAAGAGAGAUUUCUUAUUUAUAUUCUUUGGCGAGCUCCCUGAAAGAAAUAAGCUUGUAUGUUUUUUAAAUUGCAUUCCAGUCCUUGUACAUUUUCCUAAGCUGUACAGAAGUCUCUUAUAACUUUUAAUUUAUAUAUUUUUGUAUGGCUGUCAGUUUCUGAGAAGUGUUGCACUAAUGUCCAGUCUGCUUUGGUUGUCCAUAAAUAUCAAUUAUUUCUAAAAA